AUGUCGACCAUCAAGCUCGUCAAAGAAGCCAUCGGGGCUCUAAAAGACCGUACUGGAUCAUCUCUGAUUGCCAUCAACAAGUGGAUCGAAUCUGAAAAGGAGCAAACUGUCAAAAAACAUGUAAUGAAAGCCGCCCUCAAGAAGGCAGUGGAAGACGGAACCCUCAUUCAAGUGAAAAACAGUUACAAACUCAGCCCGGAGGCGAAGAAGGAGGCUCCAAAGAAGGCAAAGGCACCGGCCAAAAAAGAAAAGGCGGCCCCAAAGAAAAAAGAAACCAAGGCGAAAAAGACAACUGCCAAGAAGAAGACCACUGCCAAGAAGGACAAACCAUCACCAAAGAAAAAGUCAACUACCAAAAAGGAGAAGCCUGCAGCUAAAUCCAAGCCAGCAGCAAAGGCUACCAAGAAAACCACCAAGAAGAAGACUGCAACCAAGAAAACCGCGGCCAAGAAAUCUUCCAAGAAAAAGCAGUAA